UGAAGUGACACUGAAGGUCUUCAUUAUUCAUCCUGUCGGCAGACUGAAGGUCAGCUGACCUUCAGCUGAAAGGAAACUGAUGAUGUUUGAGCACUGACGUAAAAACAUUGGUUGAAAUCUGACCUCAGAUCAGAGCGUCGGGUAUAAAAUCAGUGUUAGGGCGAGUCGUGUCCACUCUGACUCACAGACCUGCUCUCUCUCUGUAGGAUGAAGUCGCUUCUGUCUGUCGCUCUGUUCCUCAUGAUUAUGAUGAUGAUGCUGAUGGCGUCUGUGUCUGCUGGUCCUCUUCCUCCUUCCCUCAACCAGACCAGACAUGACGAUCAGGACACGGAGAGUUUUCACCUGCUGCAAAACAAAGAGGAAAACUCCACCAGAUUUGAGUCUCGUCAGAACAUCAACGUGUCGCUGUAUGGGGAUGUGACGUCCAAUGGCAGCUGGAGCAAUGCACGUCCCGUCCCCCCUGUCUUCACUCUUCCACCGAACACACUGUAAGAUUUCAUAUUUACCUGUACAGAUAUUCACCUGUACAGAUAUUUACCCGUGCUCCACUUGUAGUAUUUACAAAUGUGGCACUCUGUUGCUUUGUGUCUCUGUGUUACAGAGAAUUCUCUCAGGUGUAUGUACGACCACAGAGCUUUACAUUCUGUCCUUUGACCUCUGACCUCUAUGAAAUAUUCUAAAUUGGCUGAGGGAAAUAUCAGUGGGCGGGGCCAAACAGUUAACAGCUGUGAUUAAUGAUCUUUGAUGUGGUAACAUCAUCAUCUUCAUAAUCAUGUGUUAACAAACAGUGUGAUGUCAUCAUGUUGUUAUCUUCGCACCUGAACCCUUAGACCUGAACCACAUGUUGAUCUGGUUCAUUGUGACUUCACUUCCUGAGGAUGUCAUCAUAUCUGAUGUCCCUCCAGAAUAAAGCUCCAGAGAAACAGAGUCUGCAGAACUUCAUAGAGAAUCCUCCUGUUCUUAAGUUUCCUUCAGUCAGUAGAUGAGAUCCUGUCACUACACAGGAAACACUGACGUUAUGUCUCUGGUGUGUUUUGUAUUUGAAUUUGUCAUAUUAUGAUAAAUAUAUAAAAUAGUAAUGAUUCCCAUCAUAUUUCUGUGACCUGGUUUCAGAGCUUUGUGCACAGUUCACAGUGUAAAUACUUUGAUUCAUGUUCACGUGUGAGAGCUCUAACAACACAGAGGUCACGGACAAGGUCAGUCUCAUGUGUGUCGUCUUCCUCACCUGCUGUCUCACCUGUGGUCUUCAUCUUUAUCCGUCUUAC